GUGUGCCACCCGGUGGUCGGUAUCGGAAAACUCGCCUUUUGGGGAGCAAAAAGCAAGACCCGAACGAACGAGAAACGUUUACCCCAACCGUCGUUGGGACGAAAAUUCAGUUCGCUGCGGAUAUUCAUGGGAAAAACAUUUCACUUCACUAGUGGUCCGUGCAUCAUCCCGGGUUGGUGCGGUGUGGGUCCGUUUUUUUCCUUGGCUGUAGAUUCUCCUGUGUGCUAGAUUAAUUUAUUUUCAUAGAGGCUUGGCGCUGGGAGGAGGACGGUGCUGGGAGUGAGGAGUGCACUUUAUAUACGAGAAGACUACAAAGGGCAAGUGUGUUGGGUGCUCAGAAGUGAGUGCAACUUGGGGCCCUAGCACUAGCAGGUCAAAUUUGGCGAAGAUUUCGUAGUUUGAUGGUGUGAAUUUGCUGCAACUUUGUGGGUCUUUGUGUGUGAGUCAGAGGCUCUGAUGUGAUUAUCCUGGAGUGAAAAAACUCAGGUUGAGUAACAACGGUGGAGUACACGAGUGUGGUGACGAAAUCGGUUACGUGUUCGAAGAAAAUUUGAAAACCUGACGAAAUUUUAUCCUUACGUGGAUUUCUCGCUGAGGCAUAUGCGGCUGGAAUUUCAGAAACCGUGACGAAGAAAGAUAAAGUGUGAAAGGAAAGUAUUCGGAAAUUCAAAACGGCGGAAGGUGUGCUGAGAGAAUUCAUUAAUUUAACUCCUUUGAGAGAUAUUUUCUAGAAGUAGCUGUAAUUGUUACUGAUACAAGUAGUGAAGUGUGUGAGAGGUGAAAAACUGAAAAUACAUGCGAAAUAUUUAGAAUUCUUUCAUCGUGGGAAAAUUCAUCAGUGAAAAAUGCAGUAAAAGUGAAAUAAUCGUUACGCGUUGAUCGUUAUUGGAGAAGUUUGCAUAAAAAACGAAGAUCAUAAAAAACCUAUAUGCUGAAAUGUGAAAAGAGGAGACACCGAAGCAGAAGAAAAAUUUAUAGUUGGAUUAUACGCUAGCGCAAAAUAUCAUAAAACGCCACGCAUCGCCGACGGGGACGUGAAAAGGGGGCGACGAAGCUUGCGAAAAUUUGGUGAAAUAAAGUAUCGUUAAAAAAUAGCCCGGCUGCACGACGACGACGACGACGGUGGAACAUCACAGCUCGCGAUCGGGCCUAGACACCAUUUCCUGUGGCAAACCGACGGCGACGACGGCCAACUAGAACGGCGAAUUAUAUAUAAUUUCUGUUAUAACUUCUCGCGUGGCACUCGCGACGGAAGUGAAGAUUUCUAGUGUACGGCGGUGGUGACAUACAGACAGAAAAAAAGUGGAACGCAACGAUAUCAGCAGCAACUACCAACAACGGCAGGUAUCAUCAAAAUACCGCACCGAGCCGAGCAGCGACAUAAUUAACAGCCAAGCUAUCGCGAAGGAGCUGUGAGUGGCAUUGAAAGCACGACGACUUUGAGCCGAAUUUUUCCUGAGAAUCGAGUUUCAUUCUUCGAAUGUUUUGAUCGCAGACAUAGUUUGCAAAAGAUGUCAUAAUAUGGGUUUCACGUGCGAGAAAGCGCAUUAUCGCACGUCACACUCGGAGCCCAGUUGGAUCGAAACAAUCGGCUGUGAUCAGUUGACCGCACCGGAACUCAAACCCCCCGGCAGCACUGUCAGCAGUUUCAAAAAGCAUCAGAAGCACCGCCCAAAGGCCCACAAUCAAAACAAAUCAUCCCAGCCACCGCCAGCAGGUGGACUUCAAAGCAUCCCCAAGCCUGCAUCGGAGCCACCGACAGGAGUCAAUUCCGGAAUCAGCCUUCAUUACCCAUUCAACCUAUUCCAUCCGUUCCACUUAUCGUCGUACCAGUGCUCGGCGAUUAUUUUAGAUAAACUCUCUCGGUUUAUCUCCAGCCAUGUAGUUGCGAGAAGUGGCUCCGUUUGGAACGUUGCCCAACCCUGCGUCUCCACCGUCGUCGACUCUUUCGAUGGCCCAUCGCCGACUGAUGUGCCGACGAGCGACUAUUCCCACGACACCGGAAGCGGGCCAUUUCCAUCAGGCCCUCCCGUUGAACCUAGUGCAUCGAAAUAUCAACAGCCUCCGCCGUCCUUCCCCCGCUCAACGACAUCGAGAGUAGCUAUAGUAGCGAGAGCCUCCUCCACAUCGAGUGCACCACAAUCGGUGCCACCACCGCUGGCCCCGUCACCGCCAUUAUCGUCCUGUGAUCCCUCGUACGGUGCUCCGGUUGAGCCGAUUGGCAGCACAGCUACCACAACCGGUUGCACCAAAACGUUGCCAUACUCGUCGUCGUUACCAUCAGCAGCAUCAUUAUCGUCGCAAGCCUCGCUGCUGACGCCUUCUUCGUCGUCCAGCCUUCGGUUGCCUUCCAGAGACCCUUCAUCGCACCAAACCCCCACGAUUUCAUCAUCAUCAACGACCACGACGGCGACGACGACGACGACGACGGCAGUGGCUAGACCUACUAGUAGUCAUUAUCUUGUAAGACACUCACUUUGUUUAUAUGCAGCAUCUAGCGUUAUAUUAGCAUUAUGUUAUCUAACAAUACCAACAGUUGCCUCAGACACACCACAUACUAUAUUCGCCGAAGGAAAGUCGGACAAAGAAAUUUUAGAUCACCUAUUAACAGCCGCACGAUAUGACAAAAGGUUGCUACCACCAGUUGAUGAUGCGGAUUUCUGCUGCGGUAUGCAAACACCGGAAAUGGCAAAACAUAUUCCUGAUACGCGCGUUCCAGGACGUCCCCAGAAUCGCGGUUCUCUGACUGUGAAUAUUAGUGUACUGUUGUUAAGCUUAGCAUCGCCAGAUGAGUCUAGUUUAAAAUACGAAGUUGAAUUUUUACUUCAACAACAGUGGUACGACCCGCGGUUACGGUACGCAAAUCAAUCUUCGUACGAAUAUUUGAACGCGAUCCAUCACCACGAGGAUAUCUGGAUACCGGAUACGUACUUCAUCAUGCACGGCGACUUCAAGGACCCGCUGAUACCGAUGCACUUUGCCCUGCGGAUCUACCGCAACGGUACGAUCAACUAUCUCAUGAGGCGACACCUCAUCCUCUCUUGUCAAGGUAGACUGAAUAUUUUUCCAUUCGAUGAUCCGCUGUGUUCAUUCGCGUUAGAAAGUAUAUCAUACGAACAGUCAGCGAUACGGUAUGUCUGGAAGAACGACGAGGACACUCUCCGGAAGAGCCCUUCGUUGACGACUCUGAAUGCGUACUUGAUCCAGAACCAAACCAUUACCUGCCCCAUUAAAGCCAGCUGGAGAGCCGAAGGACAGGCACUGACAGAAGAAGACGAAGAGUUUCUCUGUAAUUUGUGCCAAAGGCGAUUUGAGGAGCAAGGAAAUUACAGUUGUCUGAAAGUGGAUUUAAUAUUUACAAGAGAUCGAGCGUUCUAUUUCACGACCGUAUUCAUUCCCGGCAUCAUACUGGUGACGUCAUCGUUCAUCACCUUCUGGCUCGAGUGGAACGCGGUGCCGGCCAGAUCAAUGAUAGGCGUCACGACCAUGCUGAAUUUUUUCACCACCUCCAACGGUUUCCGCAGCACGCUUCCGGUGGUGUCGAACCUGACGGCGAUGAACGUGUGGGACGGCGUGUGCAUGUGCUUCAUCUACGCCUCGCUGCUGGAGUUUGUCUGUGUCAACUACGUCGGCAGGAAGCGACCACUGCACAAUGUUGUAUAUAGACCUGGAGAGAAUCCAGUUACUCAGCGUCUUCCAGCUGUCCUAAACAGGAUCGGAAUUAUACUCGCGAGUCCCCUGACAUCAAGAAUAUUCUCGGAAACCAUAGAAAGCGAAUUCCAUACGGCAAUAGCCGCCGAGAAGUCUGCCACUGCAGCAGCCGCAGCAGCAGCAUCAGCUUCCUCCAAUCCAGGUGCAACUUCUACCGCUAAGACCACUUCCGCCGCUGUCACUGCACCUGCCGCUGCCACCACCGCCGCCGCCACCCGCCAAGGGGCGACUUCCGUUUCGACUGCAAGCUCCACCCCGGCAAGACCAACAAGCGUCUUGAUGGAAGAAGGACUGGGCGAUGGCACUGGCGAACCGACUUCCGUACGAUCCCGCACCCAGCGCCAACCGACCGUUGAAACCAAAAUCAACGAAAUCGGUGUGAUGGAAACGAGCUUCGGUGUGAAGAAACGAGAAUCCAGUGGACCGAACGAGAUCGUUGCCUGCACCAGCUGCGCCGGUGGAACCAGCCCAUGCACACACUCGGCGAACAAUGGCUGUGCUACCGAGACUUGUUUCGUGCAGGUGCGGAAAAAGGAGCCACCCCAUCCUAUUCGGGUGGCAAAAACGAUCGACGUCAUCGCACGGAUCACCUUCCCUUCGGCGUACGCAGUCUUUCUCAUAUUCUUCUUCAUACACUACAAAGGAUUCUCCUAGAACACGAUCAACAAGCGGUUGCUUCAUGAAAUCUAUACAAAUAAUCUGCUAUAACAUCAGUUCGUUUGUGGUUCUGUUCUGCCAGAGGGCCGCCGCCGGCUAUGGAUUCGCAUAUCACCGCUCUAUCCAAGGGUACAUUCCCAAGACCCAAAAUUCCCACAUCACACCAAUUGCAAACCCGAGUAGGAACAUUUUUAUACAACAUACAAAUAUCACAACAGCUUUGGAUUAAAAGUACUCAUAGAUACAAAAGUAAAUAGACAACGUUACAGCUUCGGAAUGUACAGCAGUGGGACGUGGCCAGCCCCAGCGAAAUGGACACACGGAUAAGUUUGUAAAAAAGUGACGCCGAUCAGUGGACAAGGAAACAACAAAAACAAAUACUGCCUUUUAGUAAGAAAAGUGGAAAAUGAAAAUCUUCAGCAACACUAAAAUCAAAACACAUAAAACUGAACAAAUUUGAGAAUGCUGUAAUGACAAACAAAUAUAGAUAGAGAAUUGUAAAAAUGAAUCCUGUACAUAGAGAGGUCAUUUUUCGCGCGUCCUAAAAGUCUAGUUUAAUUCGUUUUUCUUCUUCUUUUCGAUAGAGAACUGAACGCAAUCAGUUUGCCAUAUUUGUAAGUUCCACACACGAACCUUCUUUUCCACUGAAACAAUGCAAAGCGCAAGGAAGCUCAUUGAAUUCUAAGCUUUUUGGCGAAAGAGAGAGAGAGAGGGAGACCAGUUUAACUUAAUUGUGUCCUUAGGAGCCACCACGUUAGAUUCUACGCCAAGAGUCACAAGUCGAUUUUCGUAGAACGAAUAAUUCAAAUUGAAUAAAAAAAACAAAACAAAAAAGGGUCAAACCAAGUAUAUUAGAACAGAAUACAAAACACACGCCAUGCCAAUGAUGAGAAUUUUUGCAAUCAAAUAGAGUUCUAGUAGAGAUGGGGUUAAGACGGGGGAGCGGAAGAGGAAAUAUAGCAAUAUUAUUUGAAUAGAGACUAAACUAAUUAUGAAGCAUAUUUAUAACGAGCUAGGAUAAUUAACGAUUCAAUGACAUAGGCUAAGGAAUAGAGGAAUAAGCACUGCAUAGCAAAUGAGAAUGUAUAUUUUCGUAUAUAAAACGCAGAUCGACCCCGCUGUGUUUGGUAUUAAUUCUCUAAAGAAAAACAAUCUGAGUGUGUUGUUACCAAGGCCAUCGAUGGCAAAGUUUUAUGUUUGUGGACAUUAUUUUUAAAGUAGAUUUAACUGAAAAGAAACAUUGCAAAGUGUGACCCAUCUAACCUGUAAACCAAAGAAGUUCCAUCUCAGAUUAAAAAAAACAGCGAUAGUUGGACGUGCAUUGAAGUUGUAGUUGUAUGGUUCAUUCAUUUGAAGCUCAAAGACAUUUAACGCUUUGCGGAGCCGAACUUAUUUGUUAUAUCGCUGGCUGAGACCGGCCCACCAUUCAUUUCUUGCCUAUAAACAUGUUUAAGAUGGCUUUCUAGAAGUCCUCGCCAUAAUAGUAAAGAAUUCGUAUUGGGAUGUUAGAAUUGAUGGAUCCCUCGUUUUUUUUUUUUUGUUAAGUCAAAACUCCUGAAGGAACUCCUGGUGAAAUUCCUUAUAGAAUUCCUGGUGAAAUUCCUGGAGGAAUCCCUAAUGGAAUUCCUGGAGGAAUCUCUGGUGAAAUUCCUGAAGGAAUCUCUGGAGGCAUGCCUAUAGGAAUCCCUGGUGGAAUUCCUCAUGGAACUCCUGGUGGAAUCCCUGGUACAAUUUCUGGUGGAAUUUCUGGUGAAAUUCCUGGAGGAAUCCCUGGUAAAAUUCCUGGAGAAAUCCCUGGUAGAAUUCCUGGAAGAAUCACUGGUGGAAUUCCUGGAGGAAUCCUUGGUGCCAAGGAUAUUUUCGAUCAUCUGGUAAUCAUUUGACUCAUUUGUCUAUAGAAAAGCUUUGCCAGGUGAUCGAAAACAUCCUUGCUUGGUGGAUUUACUGGAGGAAUCUCUGGUGGAAUUCCUGGAGGAAUCUCUGGUGAAAUUCCUGAAGAAAUCCCUGGUGGAAUUCCUGGAGAAAUUCCUUGAAGAAUUCGUGGUGAAAUUCCUGGAGGAAUCCCUAAAAUUCCUGGAGAAAUUUUUGGUGAAAUUUCUGGAGGAAUUCCUGGUAGAAUUCCUGGAGGAAUCUCUGGUGAAAUUCCUGGAGGAAUCUCUGGUGGAAUUCCUCAUGGAAUUCCUGGUGGAAUCCCUGGUAGAACCUCUGGUGGCAUUUCUGGUAGAAUUUCUGUUGGAAUUUCUGGUGAAAUUCCUGGAGGAAUCCCUAAUGAAAUUCCUGGAGGAAUCCCUGGUAGAAUUCCUGGAGGAAUCUUUUGUGGAAUUUCUGGAGGAAUCUCUGGUGGAAUUCCUGGAGAAAUCCUUGGUGGAAUUCCUGGAGCAAUCCCUGGUGGAGUUCCCUGAGGAAUUCCAGGUGAAUUUCCUGCAGGAAUCCCUGGUGGAAUUCCUGGAGGAAUCUCUGGCGAAAUUCCUGGAGAAAUCCCUGGUGGAAUUCCCUGAAAAAUUCCCUGAAGAAUUCCUGGUGAAUUCCCUGAGGAAUUCCUGGUGAACUUUCUGGAGGAAUCUCUGGUGGAAUUUCUGGAGGAAUCUCUGGUGGAAUUCCUGGAGGAAUCUCUGGUGGAAUUUCUGGAGGAAUCUCUGGUGGAAUUUCUGGCACAAUCUCUAGUGGGAUUCCUUGGGAAAUCUCUGGUGAAAUUGCUGCGGAAAUCCUUGAUAGAAUUCCUGGAGGAAUCUCUGAUGAACUUCCUGGAGAAAUUUCUGUUGAGAUUCCUGGAGAAAUCCCAGGUGGAAUUACUGAAAGAAUCCCUCGAAAAAUUCCUGGAGGAAUCCCUGGUGGAAUUCCUGAUUGAAUUCCUUGAAGAAUUCCUGAUGGAAUUCCUGGAGGAAUCCCUAGUAGAAUUCCUGGAGGAAUCUCUAGUGGAACUCCUGUAGGAAUCUCUGGUAGAAUUCCUGGAGGAGUCUCUGGUGAAAUUCCUGGAGGAAUUUCUGGUGGAAUUCCGGAGGAAUCUCUGGUGGAGUUCCUGUAGGAAUCCUUUGUGGAAUUCCUUAUGGAAUUCCUGGUGAAAUACCUGGUGAAAUUCCUGGAAGAAUCCCUAGUGAAAUUCCUGGAGGGAUCCCUGGUGGAAUUCCUGGAGGAAUCUCUUGUGAAAUUCUUGAAGGAUUUUCUAGUGAAAUUCCUGGAGGAAUCCUUGGGGGAAUUCCUGGAACAAUCCCUGGUGGAAUUUCCUGAUGAAUUCCUUGGAGGAAUCUCUGGUGAAAUUCCUGGAGGAAUCUCUGGUGGAGUUUCUGGAGGAAUCUCUGUGAAACUCCUGGAGGAAUCCGUGGUGGAAUCUCUAGUGGGAUUCCUUGAGGGAUCUCUGGUGAAAUUCCUGUGGAAAUCCUUGAUAGAAUUCCUGGGGGAAUCUCUAGUGAAAUUCCUGGAGGAAUUUCUGAUGGAAUUCCUUGAGAAAUCCCAAGUGAAAUUACUGGUGGAAUCCCCAGUGCAACUCCUGGAGGAAUCAUUUUUGGAAUUACUGGAGGAAUCCCUGGUAGAAUUGCUGGAGAUAUCCCAGUUAAUGAAACUUCAUGGUGAAGAUUAUGGAAAAAAUCCUAGAGAAGUCUAUGGUCCAAUCCUUGGCGGAAUUGUCAGUGGAUUCAUGGCAAAACUCUUAGUUGAAUUUGUGAUAGAAAUUGUUACAGUAAUCCAAGAUAUUAUUUCCUGCAGCAAAUCCUGUAGACAAGAAACCUUGAGGGUGGAAUUCCUAAAAGGAAUCCUGAUAAAAAUCCUAGAUUAAGGUGGGAAUCUAUGGCGAGAUCUCCUGUGGAUUCUUCGGAAAAUAUGUUGUGGAUUUUCUGAUGAAAUCUCUAGUGAAAUCUGCGAUGGAAACCAAUGAAAACUCUGGUGAAGUGCCUUGAGAAGUCAAGGCCAACAAUUGAAAAGGCCGCAUCAACAUUGCGUAAACAAACACGUUUGUGUCGACAUAGGGCCUUCUGGGAUCCACCCACGCAUCUCACCACCAUUAACAGAAAGCUUGAAGUUUGCGCUUUCUGUUAGUGGUGGUGAGGUGUGUGGGUGGAGUUCAAAAGGCCUCAAGUCGACAGAAACAUGUUUGUUUACAAAAUGUUGAUGCGGCCUUUCCAAUUGUUGGUCUUGAAGUCCUGUUCGAGCUUCUGAAGAAAUCCCUGGAGAGUUCUCUAUGGAAAUUCAUAGCAGAUAGCUUGGGUAAAAGUAAGAAUGCCUAACCAGCUCAACCAGAAAUGUUGCAAGUCCGGUCUUUUUACUCGCCAGGCGGCCAUGAAGCGACAUUUCAUGCAAAGUUAUCAAUUCAAGCUUGUUAGAUAACAGCAUUAAUGCGCGUCCAACUGUCAUACCCCAAAUACAUUCACUUUCUCAAGUUACUCUAACAGACUUCAGUUUGUUACGAUCAGUGAUGCCAUUUCCAUUCAUGCAAAAUUGUUAACUUAUUUCAAAGUUGGCAAACGUUCAAGAGUUUCUGAAACACAAACAAUAUUGUUGAAAGAAACAAAUUUUGACGUAGGACUACGUCUUUGUUUUUAUCAUCAUCAAAUCUAACCAACAGUCCAUGAAUGAGUUAUCGUGUACCUUCAGAGCUACUUCGGAAAAGAAAUAGUUACCAUUCUAAUCAUGUCCAUCAACAAACAGUGAGCUACGCUUGAUACAAUCAAUUCACCAAAGAUUUUCGAUUAAUCGUUGAAGGAUUUUUGUGACAAUGCAACUAAAGAUAUAUACUUAUUUACAAAUUCUUAAGGCAUAGAACCGAUCACAAUGCUUUGGCAAUAUCGAAAUGAUAAAAAAAAACUCGAUUUUUUCUUUGCACUAAAAACAAACACAACUCCAACGCUUUUCAGCCUUUCACAAGCCAAGACCAAGCCGUUAUUGUUGACGGUAGAAAAAAAAAAAAAAAACAAGAAAGCAACCAUCGAAUACCAAAUUGUUGAACCCGCCUACAUUCUACAUUGGACCAAAGAGUAUGUAUGUGUAACAUUUAGUAGAGUCAAUGAGUAAACGCCGUGAAACAAUUGCGUGAUUUAUUUCUAGUUUAAAAUAUUUGUUUUUCUAAAUAGUUUAUCACGAACUGAAGCUAGGAAAUCCAAAGAAUUUCAAAUAUUUAUGUUUGCGUAUUGUUUUUAACCUAUUUGAGCAUUGCCAGUCAUCCAUCCAGCUCUAAAAAAAAACAAUUGCUUUUCAAACUGAGUCGGAUUUUUCAGUAACUUUGUGUCAUUUAAGUAGAAACGACCACACAGCUGACAAAAGUGAGUGAUGUAAAAUCACACGGCGCAUUGAACGAUAGGAAAUGAAGGAAAAUUGUGAUUUUCGUGCCCAUAGGAGUUAUUACACUUAUACAAAAUUAUAGGAAUGACAUCUGAUCGACGGCAAAAAAAUAUUACUACGCGAACUAUUACUACUACUACCACAGAAAAGCUACUAAACGUAAAACGUGCUACUCAAGUGCUUAGUUUGUCAUUUAACAUAUCAAAGAAGAGAGAAUGCGAAAAACAUAAACUGAAGCGCUGCAUUAGCUGGACAAAGUAGUCAUUAUGUCACGGUCUCCAGUAGAACCACUAGCUAGGAUAGUACCAGGAUAUCAAUUGAGUUACCAAUCAUUGUCGUUACUUUUGAUUCGAUUGUUUCGUUAAGUUUGUCCUUUGCGUUAAUGGCAUACGACCUACCCUCCAAAGAUUGCUAAGACUUUGUUCGAAAGCAAGUAAAACACACAAAAGUAUAUUCUAAAGCGUCAAACGUUAUUCUAAAACAAUUAUGCAUACAUUGUUUUAUAUUUUUAAAAUAAACAGCUAUUGCGCUGCAAAAGACAUAACUAUAAUUUAUAUGUAAACUUCAGUCACUUAAAUCGAACAAUUCCAACUAUGAUAGUGUCUGCUAAAAGCCUGUUUUCUAAUCUACGUUAAUCAUAAGCCUUAGUGACAAAAAGUUAUCAAAUAAACUAGAACCAAAGAAUCCUUGAAAUUUCAAACAAUAUUAUUAUACUCAACUUAGCGAAUGAUUCCAAGUUCAUCACGUGUCGAUGGGAAAUUCAAAUAUAUGAACCCCUGCUUUCAGUUUCAAAUACACCCCAUAUGAUUGAAGCCGGUCAACUAACAGUUCCAUGUAAAAACUCAAAUAAAAAUAAUUUAACAAAGAAAAAUGAUACAGCUCAGCUAAGAUUGUGAUUUAGUAAACAAAAGAAAAUGAAGUAAGAAACUACACACUAAAGUAAGCAUACAAAUUUAAAAUAACCGUUUGUAAAUUAUAACCAUGUAUUUGAUACCAGAACGAAUAAUUCUCUUUAAAAAUGACACAGAACUAUCAAGCAAAAAAAAGCAAAUCAACGCAAGAAAGUUAGAAAUUGUAAAGUAGAAAAAAGCCAUUUUAUAGCGACAAAAACCGAAUGCGAGAGAAAACCACAGCAAAAAUCAAUACAAACAAAGUCCUACACAAACAAAUUAUAGUUAAUAUCUUUUCUCGUAUAUUUGCUAAACUUUAAACUACAAAAUACAAAAAAAAAUAAACACACCCGUCACUUAUCCUAGCAUAAGUGGCGUCAAAAGAAGAAAAAUGUUCGAACAAUAUGGGUAAUAAGUAAGAGCCAAGGGCGAAAGAGCUGUUUCACUGCAAUUUUUUGGCAAAACGCAAUGUAGACAAAAGCCAACAAUGAUAAACACACUUCUCUUAGCUGCGUAAUGGACGCUAUCACACAAUGCGCGGUUUAGAACCAAACGUACACAAAACAAAAUUUACACAGACAGAUACACUUGAACACAUACACACACACUUACAUGAAACAGAAGCAAAGAGAGAAAUAUAGAGAGCACAGCUGAAAAUCAUCAAAACAAUUUACUUUUCCUAAGGAAUUUUGUUAAGACUUUUGAGAGGUUUAUCGGUUUGAAAAUAAAAAAAAAAAAGAAUUUUUGUUCGUUACUCUUUCUUUCGAAAUUCAACGUGAAAUAAGACACACAGCGGAAGCUGUAAAACAGACAAUUGUUUUUAGAACCAUGCACAUACACGCAGGAAGCUGACUAGUGUGGUGAACACAUUUCUUCGUCCAUUUACUAUCUCACACGCAUACACACAAACAAAACAAAAUGAAUCACAACAGCAACAUUGUAAAUAAUAAUUUAUUAUGCGUUCUGAUUGGUUUCGGUGAAUAGCAGAUGCGCAAGAGGUAUAAGAAGAUGUUGUCACGAAUGAAUAUCUUUAUUUUCUAAAUAAACAUUUUUCAAUUAAAAAUU